AUGUCCAGCUGCCAGCCCUGCACGCCCUGCUACCAACCCUGCACCCCCUGCUACCAGCCCUGCAACCCUUGCUACCAGCCCUGCAACCCCUGCUACCAGCCCUGCAACCCUUGCUACCAGCCCUGCAACCCUUGCUACCAGCCCUGCACCCCCUGCUACCAGCCCUGUGACCCUUGCUGCCAGCCCUGCGGCCCCACCCCACUGGCCAACAGCUGCAAUGAGUGCUGUGUCAGGCAGUGCCAGGAUUCCCACAUCAUCAUCGAACCCUCGCCCGUGGUGGUGACCCUGCCCGGCCCCAUCCUCAGCUCCUCCCCACAGAACACCGCCGUGGGAUCCUCCACCUCUGCUGCCGUUGGCAACAUCCUCAGCUGUGGCGGAGUGCCCAUCAGCUCUGGAGGCUUUGACAUCUCCUGCAUCACCAACCGCCACUGCAACAGGACCUGCUAA